UCCUUCAUCACGUGACCAGGGAGUAUCAUGGAGGACCCGAGUCGGGUUGGGGUGUUUGGAUUUGUCUGAUUUGUUUGGUGACUUUCAGGCAAAUUAGCGCCUUCUAGAGUAAUCAUUAGGUAGAAUCGGGUAGGGGAAGGCUGUCGAAAGUUCAGGUAGAAGUUUUGAUUGCUUGGAGUGCGGCAUAAGUCCGGGAGAGGCGUUUUUCCCGGGUAGGACACAGUCCAAACGUCCAGUUCCGGCUGAUCAUCAUAAACAGCACCGAAAAUUUUGGCGUCGGAACCGGUCGCAUCGAUCGCAUGUUUCCGACUCAAGGUGCUCUGAAUGGACAUUGACAGAAGUAGGCCAGGGAAACCAUCUACAGUAUAGACCCAAGUCUUCCCUGCGGAUACGGUACGCCGGAGAGUUGUGCUCCCAUCGGCGUUUCCCUCCGACCAAUCAAGUUAAAACUUUAAUGAUCAGAAUGGGAGGGGAGCCAAGUCUACGAGCUCCUGCUAUCGAUCGCUGUCUGGAUUUUAUUCCCUGUUGGAUAUCCUAGGAGAUCGCCAGCUUCGCUGCAGAGCGGUCAUCAGCAUUAACUCCUGCUCCAGAGUACUCCUCUAGAGGGUAUUGAUUGGUUCUGAAGAGCCGUCGCCAGCAGGUGAUCGUCAUGGCGUCUUACGUUGACAGGCAGCUGCGGAAGAGCCUUAUGACUCCACCCAAUGAGAGGACUCCCCAGGACCAACAGAUCAUCCACUCCAAUCUCCAUGGGAUCGAGGCCUUUGCUUCGCUGCGAGAGUCGGCCCUGAGGGCCAUGUGUAAAACUGUUCGCUAUGAGUGGCACGACGCAAACACACUCCUAUAUCGUCCCGAGGACCUGAGUCUAUGUUGGUACGUGCUGUUGUCUGGAUCAGUCUUCAUCGAUGGGUCUAUGUUCUUACCUAGAAGCAGCUUUGGCAAACGUGCAGGGGGAAGCUGCAAGCGUGCCAGCGAGUGUCUAGUUUUGGAGCCCUCAGAAAUGAUAGUGAUUGACUAUCCUGAUGUUCAACUAAUGCGGCCAGGGCUCCGAACGUCAUACGCGACCAUGAACUUAGAGAAACUUCUCACCACCGAGCAGGAGGAGAAAAAGGCUCGGACACGAGGCUCCCACUCCUCACAGGAGGAAAAUGAGCUUCCAGCAGAGCUGCAGCAGGUGCAAAACCUCCUGGUUCAGACGGAGUUGAAGCUUCACCGUGGGGGGUCUAUCUGCUCGCGGAGCAGCGACUCCGGCAGCAGCUUCUCGGACAACCUGACGAGGUCAGAGAGCGUUGAACUGGACCUGAGCGGCCUGCAGGAGAGCGUGGUGGACUCUGAUGAUGAAGAGGAUGGCAUGAGCCAAUCUUCUGAGUGUCUUCUUGUUCGAGAUGUUGUAAGGGACUGUUUAGAAAAGGACCCCUCAGAAAGAACAGAUGACGACAUUGAAUCCCUGUUGGAGUUCAUGCAACAUUUGCCAGCGUUUGCCAACAUGACGUUAGCAGUGCGGAGGGCGCUGUGUGCAUGUAUGGUGCUGGCUGUGGUGGAGAAGGCAGGGACUGUGGUACUUAAUGAUGGGGAAGAGCUGGAUUCCUGGUCGGUGAUACUGAAUGGUCAUGUGGAAAUCGAGCAUGCAGACGACGCUGUAGAAGAGCUGCAUCUCGGGGACAGUUUUGGGAUCUCCCCCACCAUGGGGAAACAGUACCACAAGGGCGUCAUGAGAACUAAAGUAGACGACUGCCAGUUUGUGUGCAUCACUCAGAACGACUACUAUAGAAUAUUGCACCAAGGAGAGGUCAACACCAGAAGGGUGGAGGAGGAGGGAGAGGUUGUCAUGGUAACAGAACACAGAGAGCUAGAUGGUGGGAACAGGAAGGGACACAUAGUAAUCAAGGGCACCCCUGAUAGACUAAUACAGCAUCUUGUGGAGGAACACUCGGUGAUCGACCCGACCUAUGUAGAAGAUUUUCUCCUGACCUACAGGGUUUUUCUAGAGAGUCCUGUCGUCGUGGGGACCAAACUACUCAACUGGUUCAACGACCCUUCAUUAAGAGACAAGGUGACAAGAGUUGUGCUUCUGUGGGUCAACAACCACUUCUGUGAUUUCGAAGGUUACCCCGUGAUGACAGACUUCCUGGAGAGGUUUGAAGGCCUUCUAGAACGAGAGAAAAUGGGAGGCCAGUUGAGGUUGCUGAACAUUGCUUGUGCUGCUAAGGCUAAGACAAGAACCGUCACCCUGGCCCGACCCCAGAAGGACUCUGUCCUGCACUUCUCGGUGCUGGGAGGGUGUGAGACAGGGAGCGGCAUCUUCAUAUCAAAGGUGGAGAAGGCUUCCAAAGCCGAGGACCUGGGCUUGAAAAGAGGGGACCAGAUCUUAGAGGUCAAUGGGCAAAACUUCCAGAACAUUUCACACAAGAAGGCUCUAGAGGUGUUGCGGGGAAACACCCACCUGUCCAUCACUGUCAAGAGUAAUCUGCUAGGUUUUAAAGAAAUGCUGGCUAAUCCAGAGACCAAAAGCAGCAGCUCUUCUCCAUCGCACGUUCCCAAAAUUGUAAACGACACGCACGGCCACGGAAGAGCGUCGGCUCCUGACAUCACGGGUUUCCGUCCGGACGGCCAGAGUAACAAGGACAAGAAGCGAGGGUUCGGUACACUUGGCCACCGACAGAAAAUGAAAGCCAUCAUGAGAUCCAUCCUCCCCAAUACCAAGCCAUCCUUAUACAACAGUGAAACCCACCUGAACCAGAGUAAGGACGACAGUAUGUACAUGACCAAGCGAGCCAGUGCCUCCAGCCUGCCCAACUCCAUGUUCCUCAGCUCCAGUAACCCUGACCUGGUGGCCAGCCAUAACUACAUUGAUGCACCCAACCAGUACGAGUGUAACGACCAGGCAGUCAAGGUCUACAGAGCAGACCAGACCUGCAAGCACAUUCUGGUCAAUAAGGACACGUCAUCGAAGGAAGUUGUACAGUUUGCAUUACGAGAGUUUGGAGUCCUGGAUACGGAGAGAAAUUGGUAUGAUUGCAGCGAGAACUUCUCGCUGUGUGAGGUAACCGUCGGGGCGGAGGGGCUGAUCAAGCAGCGGAGACUUCCCGACACUCUCAACAACUUGUGUGACAGAAUCAACCUGAAUGGAAGAUAUUACCUCAAAGACAACAUGACCACUGAAACACUUGUGCCAGAUGAAACAGCAGUGGAGUUAUUACGAGACAGCCAGGUGACGUUUUUGCAGCUCAAAAGUGCUGAAGUCGCCACCCAGGUCACACUGCGAGACUUCCAGGUUUAUGCUUCAAUAGAUGUCACAGAGUAUGUAGAGGAUCUGUUCAAGCUCGACAGUAAAAGGGGGACAGUGAACUUGGAAACCUUUUCAGAGCUGGUGAACCAGGAAAUGUUCUGGGUGAUCACUGAGAUCUGCAGUCAAGACAACCUCUGGAAAAGGAUGAAGACCAUCAAACAAUUCAUCAAAAUUGCAAGAUACUGCAAGGAGUCCAAGAACUUCAACUCUAUGUUUGCCAUCAUCAGUGGGCUUGGGCACGGCUCUGUGGCUAGACUCAAGUCUACCUGGGACAAACUGCCCAGCAAGUACGAAAAGAUGUUUCAGGAUCUGGAAGACUUGAUAAAUCCUUCAAGAAACAUGUCCAAGUACAGAAACCUGUUGAACAGUGAAGCAGCACAUCCCCCAGUCAUUCCACUCUUCCCCAUCAUCAAGAAGGACCUCACCUUCAUCCACCUCGGCAAUGACUCCAAAGUGGAUGGACUGAUAAACUUUGAGAAGUUACGAAUGGUGGCAAAGGAAGUCAGACACAUCCAAAGGAUGUGUUCAGUCCCAUAUUUUAUGACCGGCGGGGGUUCUACGGCAAAAGGUGCGCUUGUAUCUACAUCAUGGGCGUCUAUGAUGGCUCCCCUUAUACCAGUGGUGAGCUCCCAGGACCAAGCUUCCAUGUACGAGAGUAGCUCCAGCAGUAGCGGCGUAUCAGCGACCAACAACCGCCAGUCCACGGGCAUGCUGGGAGCCAUGACGGGGUCCAGGUUCGACAUCUCCACCAUGGGCAGGAGAUGGAAGGACCGCAGAGCCUCCACCAUGCCCAACCCCAAGAAAGUUUUUGAAGAGGCUAUGAUGGCUCGCCGGGUGAAGCAGUACCUGGCCAAUCUCACCAUCAUCGAGGAUGAGGAUAAACUCAGGGAACUCUCUUAUAAGUGUGAACCGCCUCCUACACAACAGCCUUCCCCGACUAGUUCUGCUGCAGUGAAGAGGCGUAACACCGUGCCAGAAGGACCAAAGUCCAACUCUCUUCUCACAGUCCCACCAAGCCAUACCACCCAACGUCGCUCCCUCGCUGCACAGCAGAGAAGAUACCAUCCGCCAGGACCACGAUUUGGACUGGAAGAGCCAAGCACGGAUGAGCAUUCAGGGCGGAACUUAUUAAAAUUGCAUGGAGCAGAGUCCCCCACAGCUCUGAAGAAGCUCCUGUCGCUGUCGGAGGAGGCAGCCAGGAAAGGGAACAAGAUGAUGCAACACAGACACUCUGUGGACAACUCCCCUGCCGUUUCUCCCUCUCAUUCGCCAAGGCUCCGCAGAAGUCCAGGGAUGAGAAGGAGAACAGAUGUGCAGCGAGUAAGACGAGGCCACAGUGUUGAUACAGACCUCCCGCUAAACGGCAACCAUCUCAGAAAGUCCCUCUCCACUGUGGGGUUUUAUGUCCGCCCCUCCCCUGUGGUGUCUUCUUGGUUUUCCCUCCCUCGGUUUCUACACCCGUCUUUGCUGAUGAAAGCUUCAGUUCCUGUCUCCACUGGAAAGAACCCUCCCCCGUACGAGGGCUCGGACUCUGGCGUCAGCAUGGGCAGCAUCUCCAACUUCGACAGCAUCAGUAACUCCUCUGUCGGAGAGAACUCCCCUCCUGCACGGGAGCGCAAGAACUUCGUACAAAUGAUGAAAGUGUUAGUGGGCCAGGCUCCUUUGUUGAUGGUGUCUUCUUGGCACUUUCCUCGACUUGGGAACCUCGGCCACCCAGCCAGAGGUUCAAGUCCACCCCAGGAGAAGAGGAGAAGUCGGCCAGCCUCUGUGGACUCUGGAUCAAACUCACCCCCCUCGGUCAGAAGCAGACCCCCCUCCAGCAGCUCCAACCCCUCGUCACAGGGGUCGGGAUCCCCCCCUCUCCCCAGGAGGAACCCCCCUGUUCAGGCCGCCUUGUCAGUGCCUCCCAUGUACUACACAUCCACAGAUAACCAGACGACAGACAAAGAUGGUGAGUACAUGUAGACAAUGAACAAGGGC